UACAUAUAUUUAUAUAUUAGCGCCCCCGAACCCCAUCAUCACGAAAUAACCCACCACCACCGUCAUCCUCGUCAAACGUCGUAUGGGUGGUAAACAGAAAUCUCAUCCAUUUUUAUGUUGAUUGAUUUUCUAUCCUCCCUCUUUUCUUUUCGAUGCUUAAUGGUAGUCUCGUUUUCGACCUCCCGUUCUAAGAUCUUAUCAUUUCAGGUUUUGAUGAUCGUCUAUUGUGGUUCGACUAGAUUUUGAUAUCAGCAGAUAUUUGCAAUGAUACAAGGUGCUGGCAUCCGGCUUAAUGGGUGGCAACGGGCUGCAAUUGCAGUGGGCUCAGCAGUUGGUGCAUUACUGGACCCGCGAAGAGCAGAUUUGAUAGCAGCUCUGGGAGAGACAACAGGAAAGAAUGCUUUUGAAAGGGUUCUUGAAAGGAUGAAGAAGAGCGCUGAAGGCAGAGCAGUGCUACUGGAGCAGCCUCGUGUGAUAUCUGCAAAUGUGGGGCAUGCAUGGGACCUACCUGAGAACACAUUUGGUGCUGCCUACGCAAGGUUUAUGGGCUCCAGGAACUUCUCCCCAGAUGAUAGGCCACCAGUGCGGUUCCUGGAAACAAAGGAGCUAGCAUAUGUGGCCAUGCGUGCCCGUGAGGUGCAUGACUUCUGGCACACCCUCUUUGGCCUCCCCACCAACUUGAUUGGCGAGUCAGCACUUAAGGUGAUAGAAUUUGAGCAAAUGCUGCUUCCUAUGUGCCUUAUGUCUGUUGUAGGGGGCACGACAAGAUUCAAUGAGAAGCAAAGGGCGAUAUUCUACCAGCACUACUUUCCCUGGGCCGUCAGGGCUGGGAUGCAAUGCACAGACCUCAUGUGUGUAUAUUAUGAGCGGCACUUCCACGAGGAUUUGGAGGUUGUUCGUCAGAGAUGGGGAAUAAUUCCCGCUCCGCCUGCUCCCAGACCAAACUCGACCUGAAUUGCUCAAUGAUAGCUCAGUAUCCUGUUGGGUCAACAGAAACUGUGGUGGAAUUCAUGUGUUCUUUUGCCAUUUUGAUGUAACCGGGAUAAUACUUACCAACAGAAGUGUGUUCAAAGAACUGUAGCAAGGAGCUACAGAACUAGAGAGGGUGGCUUUCACCUUAAUCAUUCAAGAUCUCUUGGUUAAUAUACCAUUGAGCUUUUCAUUGUUCACAAAGAUGGAUGGCAACACAGAUCAAAUUUCGCCGCAGUUGUCAAGACUCAUGCUCCUGCGUAUGCUUCGGGCUUAAAAGAUCUGGCAAUGCGUUUUUUUUAUGCUUGUACAAGAAUAGAAUUAAGAUGUUCCCUAUCGUCAUUACCACAUUUUUUUUUUUUUUUUUUUUUUUUUGCAUUGUUGUGUGCACAUUUAUUGGAAAAUUGUGUAGGGUGUGGCAGUUAGCAUAUGUGCAACACUAUUUUGGCGUCGUGCCUGUAUAGCAAAAUUCCCAAUUUCACAUCCUAUGCUGAGCAACAUGAAUGUAUGUUGGACUGGUGAACUUUUUUUAUUUUUUUCAGAGUGGUAAACUUUAGACCUGCUACACUGUGUAAUUGAUCUAAGAACAUCCUUUUGGUACUGAAUGUACUCUCUUUUAAGUAUAUUAAUGAAUAUACUGGAAUCAGAACCGACCUUGAAGAUCUA